AUGCCAGUAGUUAUCACAGAAAGAAAUGUUUCGUGCAUAUGGGGUGGUACUUUGAUUGGAAUUUUACUUACGAAUGAUGCAAUACCAACUGACAAAGUUAAUGAAAAGACAAUAAAGAUUAUUGGUAUUCAUGGAUGGCUUGAUAAUCUUAAUUCAUUAUUACCAGUUGCGAAACAAUUAAUUGAUCGUCAUCCAAACUAUGAAAUCUAUUUGUAUGAUCGAGCGGGUCAUGGAUUUUCCAGUCAUCUUCCUCAAGGUUUCAAUUAUUCAGCAAUGCAUAAUUUACAAGAUCUUCGUACUGUUAUUCAAAGUCUUCGUUGGAAUAAAGAACAAUUUUCUAUUAUUGGUCAUAGUUAUGGAGCAAUGCUUGGAACUGUAUAUGCAGCAAGUUAUUCAGAUGAAGUACUUUGUCUUGUUGCUAUUGAUGCUUUACUUGGAGCUUCAAUACCGGCAAGACUCUAUUGGGAAAGUACUGGUUUUCAAAUUGACAGUGUUUUAAAAUAUUUAAAUCGUACGUCUAAUUCUUAUCAUGAAGAAUUAACAUUUGAAAAAGCAGUUGAAUCGGCAAAAAUAACUAGAGCUAAUAUUAGUGAUGAAGCUGCUCGAUUGUUAACAGAACGAUUAGUGCGUAAAGAUACAAAUAAUAAAUACUAUUUCACUCGUGAUGAAUCACUCAAACUAAUACCAGUUUUUCCAUAUACUAAAGCGAUGUUUCAAAAUAUACUUGAAACUAUGAAAGCAUCUGUACUUUUUAUUGGUGCUACUAAGCCUCAAUGGCCUCAUGCACAUAGAUCAGCGGAAUUAUUUAAAAAGAACUAUCCAAAAUUUGAAAUGACAUUAAUCGAUGGACCACAUCAUCUCCAUAUGACCCAUGUUAAUGAAGUUACUCAUCGAAUUGAAGAAUUUUUUGAUAAAUAUCUUGAACAAACAUCUCCAUCCAUAAUAGAAAAGAGUAAACUAUAA